AAUACCGGAAGUUUCCUAAAAAGAAGUUCCCAACUUCUUCCUCUGCUCAGUUUGUUUCAUCAGCCACGCGAUUCAACCUCCAGCCGACUGAAGAGUUUAUCCGCUGUGGUUCAGGAGACAUGGGAGACCUGGUGAAAGAGUACACAGCCCGGCUGCAACAGCAGGAGCAGGAGAUCCAACGUCUUUCUGCAGAAGUGGAGAGUCUAAAAGAUCCCGAGAACCAGAGUCUGUCGCCACGACUGGAUGAGCUGCGGGAGGAAAACGCCAAACUGAAGUAUCGACUCAACAUCCUGAAGAGGAGCCUCGAGGAAGAGUCGACUCAGUGCAGCAAAGCCAUGGUGAACAUCAACAAGCGGCUCCAGGAGAUUUUUGGCCAGGCCAUCCGGGCGUCCUGCCCCGAGCUGGACAACCCUCCGCUGGCCGUCACCCCCAACCAGCAGGCCAAGUUUGGAGACUACCAGUGUAACAGCGCCAUGGCCAUGUCCCAGAUGCUGAAAGCCAAAGGGCUCAAAGUCAACCCGAGAGAAAUCGCAGAGAAGAUAAUCCAAAACCUUCCGGACAACGAUCUCGUUCUGAAAACUGAAAUCGCAGGACCAGGGUUCAUCAACAUCCACCUCAAGAAGACUUUUGUGUCUAAACUAUUGAGCAACCUGUUGAUCAACGGAGUGCAGCCCCCACCUCUGGCGUCCAAGAAGAAGGUGGUGAUCGACUUCUCAUCACCUAAUAUUGCCAAAGAGAUGCAUGUGGGUCACCUGCGCUCCACCAUCAUUGGGGACAGCAUGUGUCGACUCUUUGAGUUUCUGGGCUACGACGUCCUCAGGCUGAACCACGUGGGAGACUGGGGCACUCAGUUUGGGAUGCUGAUCGCCCACUUGCAGGAUAAAUUUCCUGACUACCUGACCGUCUCUCCUCCCAUCAGUGACCUGCAGGCCUUCUACAAAGAGUCCAAAAAGCGCUUCGACGAGGAGGAGGAGUUUAAGAAACGAGCGUACCAGUGUGUUGUCAGACUGCAGAGCAAAGAACCGGAUUUCAUCAAAGGCUGGAACCUCAUCUGCGACGUUUCCAGGAGCGAGUUUCAGAAGAUUUACGACUGUCUGGACAUCGAGAUCAUUGAGAGAGGAGAGUCGUUCUACCAGGACAUGAUGACGGCGGUGGUGAAGGAGUUUGAGGAGAGAGGCUUCAUGCAGCUGGACGAAGGUCGUAAGAUCGUCUUUGCUCCGGGUCAGUCCGUCCCUCUCACCGUCGUCAAGUCGGACGGCGGCUACACCUACGACACGUCGGACCUCGCCGCUCUGCGUCAGCGCAUCUUCGACGAGAAAGCCGACAUCAUCAUCUACGUCACGGACAGCGGACAGGCGAGUCACUUCCAGCUGGUGUUUGCUGCGGCUCAGAUGAUCGGCUGGUACGAUCCCCAGGUGACCCGGGUGGAGCACGCCGGCUUUGGGGUGGUGCUGGGAGAAGACAAGAAGAAGUUUAAGACUCGUUCCGGAGACACGGUGAGACUGAUGGACCUGCUGGACGAGGGACUGAAGAGAUGCAUGGACAAACUGAAGGAGAAGGAGAGAGACAAGGUCCUGACUCCAGAGGAGCUCACCAAGGCCCAGAGGUCGGUGGCUUUCGGCUGCGUCAAGUACGCCGACCUCUCCCACAACCGAAUCAACGACUACGUCUUCUCCUUCGACAAGAUGCUGGACGACAGAGGCAACACGGCGGCGUACCUCCUCUACGCCUUCACCCGCAUCAGGUCCAUAGCUCGUCUGGCCAACAUUGACGAGGAGACUCUGAAGAAAGCGGCGGAGACCACCGAGGUGCUCCUGGACCACGAGAAGGAGUGGAAACUGGGGAAGUGCAUCCUGCGCUUCCCGGAGAUUCUGCAGAAGAUCCUGGACGACCUGCUGCUCCACACGCUGUGCGACUACCUGUACGAGCUGGCCACCACCUUCACAGAGUUCUACGACAGCUGCUACUGCGUGGAGAAGGACAGACAGACGGGUGAGGUGAUAAAGGUGAACAUGUGGAGGAUGCUGCUCUGUGAAGCCACGGCGGCCAUCAUGGCCAAAUGCUUCGACAUCCUGGGCAUCAACCCCGUCCACAGGAUGUGAUGUCACAGCCCGCCACUCCGCCUCCAUCCCUUUUUUCGCCUGCGUCACAGUUCAGCUGAAUCCGGAAUAACCCACAGAGAGGGAAGAUGAAGAAAAGUCUCUCCGACUCAAAACAAAACUCACUGGACUUUUACGAGUUAUGUAAUGAUCUUUUUUAUUAAAGAACCAUUAUGAAACCAAAA